GUCGAAUCAUCGCCCUCUUAUCAUUCUCAUCGCAGGAGGGCAUGCAGCCGGUAAAGUAUGUGAUUCUCGACCGUGUUCGGUUUCUCAAUCUAACUUUCUUAGUGUCUUACAAGCAAGCUUUUGAGAGAAGAGCUAGAAAAUAGAAUUCAGCAGAUCAAAAUCGCAGAAGUUGAUAUGAAAGAGUUCCAAGAGGAGACCUUUGAGAUAGGUCCGUCUCGUUUUAAUUUCAAUCUGGUUAAGUCAAAGGUCGAAAAUCAUAUUAGUGAUGGUUUUGACGUUAUACUCAUUUACGGGCUUUAUGCACUUUAUGACAGGGAGCUUUUGAAUAUGGGAUCAGUCAAAAUUUUUAUUGACUGUGAUGCUGAUAUUAGGUUGGGCAGAUGGAUCAAAAGAGAUCUUUUAUCUUCUAAAUUGUCUAGUUCUAUCUCAAAGGCUGAAAAGAGCAUGUUGCUCAGGAAUCUAUUAACACGCUACUUGAGCGAGUCUCGAAUAGAAAUGAGCAAAUUCAUUUCUCGCACAAAAGAUCUCGCUGAUGUCGUUCUUCCGAGGGGGGCGGAGCCCACCGGGAUUUCAUUGAUUGUUGACGGAAUACAACAUCUAAUAAAGAAUGAGAGCGAAGGGGGCAGUGAUCAUACUACUAGAUUCCACACUUCAGAUCCGGUAAAAAACGUUAUAUCAUCCAGGAAAAAAGACAUUACACUAGAGGCCCUUAGCAAUGAUAAUUUUGAAAGCAGAAACAAACGAUUUUACGAUUUGAAUUAAAGGAAUAACGCUAUGAAGUAACCAACUCUACCAUGAUAUUCAAAGAGAAAAUAAUCAAACUUGUGUCUGUAUUCAUUGAGAAAUUCGAACAUCAGAAACUAGUGUAGUGAGGUGGGAAAGUUGGUAUUAAGUUUUGCACAUAAUAUUGCUAGUAGGUUAUGAGUCGGUAUAGCAAGUUUGAACAGUGAAUACUGAAAAGCGAGGCAAAGAUGCUCAAAUGUUCUAAAAAAAGUCAGCUGCGAGAUGUUUAUGCUACUUUAAUAUACGCCCCCUACUUUCGAUAUUCUGACUUGGAAUAAGUGGA